UAGUUUUACGUUUCUGUUGAUGAGGUUGCAUUAAAAAUCUUUGACCACUGCUCAUCAAAUCUCUACUCUGAUCACUUAACAAGGGCUAUGAACGCAUAGCCUUUGGCAUAGGUUAUUUAAGGCAUUAUUAGGAAACAGUCUGUAAAGUUUGGAGCAUUGUGUGGGAUCAUAUUUGUGGAAAAGUGGUUUUCCCUUUCGAUAAACAAGUUUGACUUGAGAUUUGAGAAUCCCUUUUGGACUUUGAAGGAUAGGUAUCCAAUUGAUGGGUGGAAUAUGGAAGUUGUUUUGAUUGGACUUGAUUGGAAGUUCAUUGUGAGACUAUUGUGAUUGGUCAUGAAUGUCACAAUCAGCCAAAGGGAAAUCUGUAGGGACCAUUCAUUUGGAUGGGCAUAGAGGAUUAGAUUUCACAUGCUUCUAUGGAAUGUUUUCUUAAUCAUAUCACCUAAUGGCUCUUUCUGCUCACCUUUUUUGACUGGAGCACAAUGAUCUCAUUAAUUUCCUUGUGUGAAUAUCUAUAGAUUCUGUAAUGAUUUAGAGUAUCAGAUUUUCAUUGCUAAGAAGGUCUUUCUUUAAUCAUGUGAACUUCAUCCGAGGAAUAAUGUUUCUAUUUAUCUUUAGAAUGUCUUUUUAGUUUUUUCCUUGUCCAGUUAUCAUAUUUGCCCACCAUUGUUGGCUUAAUGAGUUUCAUGUUUAUCCGUGAUUCAUUAGUCGGUUUUUGUUAAUCAAUAUAUGCCACUCUUUGACAUACCUCCAUUGAAUUUUUUUUGGAAGGUGCCAUUUUCAGCCUUUAAAUCUUUGUAACAGUACUUGUUGCUUCUUUACUUGUUAAAGGGCUAAAAAGAAUGGACUUCAUUUCUAGAAUUAUGUUUAGUCUAGUCUAAACACAAAAAUAAGUAAGCAGGACCAGAAGUUUAAUUUGAAAAUGAUGAGAUCAUAUUGGGAGGUAAAUAUCAGAAUUGGAACUUGAAGGUUUUCAAUGUGUAGUAUGGUAAAUGAAAGUUGAGUAAAAUUUAGUUUUUCCAAAUAAUCUAGAACGCACAUGUCAUUUCUAUUAUUUUGGAAGUAUAUGAUUUGGAGUUGAGUGUUUCGAGCAGCUGAAUACUUUUUGAUUGUCCAACCAACUUUUGAUUUCUCUACUAAUAUAUUUUUAUCAUUGAGGCGGGCAUGUAUCACCAAAUUGUAUUCUCUAGUCGUACUGCCUUACCUAUUUAUAAGGAUGGUAUUUCUGUGUUCUGACUAAACUUCUGCCUGGUGUUCUUAAAGUUAGCAAGCUGUAUAGUCUCAAGGAAUGGCCAUGGAGCCUGAUGGACCUAAACGAGCGAGGAGAAGAAAUCAUUUUGUUCAAGAAAAUGGUGACUCUAAUUCAUUAAGCAUGGGUGAAGAUCUUGAUCCCUGGACUGCAUGGGCGUACAAGCCUCGCACUAUUUCGUUGUUACUUAUUGGUGCAUGCUUCCUUAUCUGGGCCAGUGGAGCCCUUGAUCCUCAAAACGCCACACAUGAGGAUAGCGCUACAUCGGUUAAAAGGGGUGUAUGGGCAAUGAUUUCAGUAUUUCUUGCCUAUUGUUUGCUCCAAGCCCCAUCGACGAUUUUGAUUAGGCCACAUCCAGCAAUUUGGCGUUUGGUACAUGGAAUGGCCGUCAUUUAUUUGAUAGCGCUUACUUUUUUGCUUUUUCAGAGUCGCGACGAUGCUCGACAGUUUAUGAAGUUUCUCCAUCCCGACCUUGGUGUUGAGCUUCCGGAAAGGUCAUAUGGUGCUGAUUGUCGCCUUUAUAUACCUGAUAAUCCCAGAAGCAGGUUUAAGAAUGUUUAUGAGACGCUUUUCGAUGAAUUUGUUCCAGCUCAUAUCAUUGGAUGGUGGGGCAAGGCUAUAAUGAUUCGUAACCAAGCUCUACUUUGGGUAUUAUCGAUUGGGUUUGAAAUGAUGGAGUUAACCUUUCGCCACAUGUUGCCAAACUUCAAUGAGUGCUGGUGGGACAGUAUCGUUCUUGAUAUUUUGAUUUGUAACUGGUUUGGCAUCUGGGCAGGAAUGCGUACGGUUCGGUACUUCGAUGGUAAAACGUACAAGUGGGUCGGUCUAAGUCGUCAACCUAAUAUUAUUGGAAAAGUCAAGCGGACACUGGGGCAGUUCACACCAGCACAGUGGGACAAAGACGAGUGGCACCCGUUGCUUGGUCCAUGGCGUUUCAUCCAAGUUAUCAGUCUUUGCAUCGUCUUCCUGACGGUAGAGCUCAAUACAUUCUUUUUGAAGUUCUCUCUCUGGGUGCCCCCUAGGAAUCCUGUGAUCAUAUACAGGCUAGUCUUGUGGUGGCUAAUUGCAAUCCCGACAAUUCGCGAGUAUAAUUCCUACCUACAAGAUCGGAAGCCCGUGAAGAAAGUUGGCGCAUUUUGUUGGCUCUCGCUUGCAAUUUGCAUCAUUGAACUUCUUAUUUGUAUAAAGUUUGGACAUGGUUUAUAUCCCAAACCAAUGCCCCUUUGGCUGGUACUCUUCUGGGUCACCAUCGGGGCUGCGCUCGUAUUAUUCAUUCUAAUUUGGUCGUGGCAAUUGCAUAAAAGUUUAGCAAGAAAGAAGCAAUGAUCUCGGCAGUGGCGGUAGAUUAUUCUUUGGUUUCUUCCUGGUCAAAAGGGGGAUUCUCAUGUAAAUAUUUUAUUACCUACAUUGAUUGUACAUGAUUUUCCUCUUAGAAAAGGGUCUAAUUUCCCAGAUGAGCAAAUCUUCUUCUUUUUGGGAAUUCUGUUUCCUGAGUGGAAAAUUUCCUAUUCUUUUCCUAGAUUUUAGGAUGCAAAGGUUACGGUUGGUUUUUGCUUUAUUCUUCUGUCUUUUCUUUUUUCUUUUCUUUUUUACCUUUUUCUUUUUGUGGGGGAUGUGGGUGUGUUUCUUGGGUUUUCAUUUUACCUGUUUAUUUAGUUUUGUAUGUUUUGGAUCCAUGUUUGAUCUUUA